GCCCGAGCCCCUGGCCCCCCGCCCGUGCCGUUGCCGCCCGGCCGCGGGGAGCAGCGCGGCGGCUCCGGGAUGGAGUGCACAGCCCGGGAGAAGGCAGAGGAGGAGGGAGGAACCGGGGGAGCCCGGACCCCCGCUCCCCGCCUUCCCCCCGCCCGUGCGGGCAGCACCCCCCGGUGCGGGUGGCCUGGUGCAGGGCAGCGUCACCGGCUCGGUGCCACCGGGACGUGCCGUGGCGGGGCCGGGCCGCCUGCAUCCGCUGCCGGCUCUGCCCCGGCUCGCCCCGCUCAGCAGCUUCUGCACACUGCCCCCAGCACCCGCGCCUGCCUGGUGACAGCUCUGCCCGGUGACAGCCCCGCCGGUGCUGGAUGAUGCUGCCAGCACCCAAGCCGGCCCCUGCUUGGGCGCACGCACGCACUGGCUGGGCGCUGGGGGCACCUGGCCGGGGUUGCUGUGCCCUUGUUGCCGCAGAGGUAGUGGAGGGGCUGCAUGGGCGGGGGGCCGCAGUGCCCCGGGGGUUAAGUCUGGCAUUGUUCUGCGGGGCCUAAAGGUUGUCCGGUGUGGCAGCAUCCUUAAGGCAUCAGCAGAUGCAGUCAGCGCUGAUAAUCGUUGGUGCAGGCUCCGCUGAAGGAGUCUGUAUUAUUUCACUUAACUUUUUCCAAUGCCCAUACGCUACCAAAACGUUCCCGACUGGCUCCUGCCCGGGUCAAAGUGGUGCAUGGAUGGCAGCGAGCGAGCAAGCGGCACCCGGUUGCAGCGUGGGCAGCAGGCAAUCAGGAUCAUUCGUGCUGUCCUGGAGAAGUAUGGCACCUACGAGAGCUUCGAGGUCGCCACAGGCGGGAGGCUGCUGAGCAAGUGCCAGAUCUGGUCCGUGAUCCGAAAGUACAUGCAGAAGGAAGGCUGCGUGGGAGAGGUGGUGGUGCAGCUCACGGAUGACCUCCUGUCCCAGGCGGUGAUGAUGGUGGAGGACAGCCGGCCGACACUGGCCAUCAACCUGGCUGGAGCCCGGCAGCACUGGCUGGAGGGGAUGCUGCGCCACGAGAUCGGCACCCACUACAUCCGGGGGGUGAACAACACCCGCCAGCCCUGGCACAGCUCUGAGGGCCGCAAGCAGUACAGCCUGAAGCCCGCUAACCCCACGGAGGAAGGCUUGGCCAGCCUGCACAGCGUCCUCUUCCGCAAGCAGCCCUUCCUGUGGCGGGCAGCCCUGCUCUACUACACCAUCGAACGAGCCAGCCACCUCUCCUUCUCCGCCCUCUUCCAGGAUCUGGAGCAGUACGUCCAGGAUGCCGGUGUCCGGUGGGAGUACUGCGUGCGGGCUAAGCGGGGCCAGACCGACACCUCGCAGCCAGGCUGUUUCAGUAAGGACCAGGUCUACCUCGAUGGGAUCCUUCGCAUCCUGCGCCAUCGGCAGACCAUCGACUUCCCGCUGCUGGCUGCACUUGGAAAGGUCUCCUAUGAAGAUGUGAAUCGGCUGAAGAAAUUUGGGGUCCUGGAGAAGGCCCGCAUCCCCCAUUUCAUGCAGGACCUGGAGCGGUACAUGAAGCAGUUGGACCACAUUGUCACCACCAAUGGGCUGAACGAGGAGGAGCUGGAGCAGCUGCUGCCUGACUGAGGGGCAUCCCCCCACAACUGGCACCCCAAGGGUGUGACUGGUGCCAGUUACUGGCUAUUUAUUGGGGCUGGAGCCUGGAGGAGAGGACAGAGCCUGAGCCUCCCCCUGCGCCCAGGUGGCCGCUGUGCAUGUACUGCUGUGUAGGGUAGCAUGGCCGAGAGGGCUGGUGUGGUUAGUGUUGAUGUGUUCCCUUCCCACCCUGACACCCUGUGCAUUUUGGGGAUUGCUGCGUGGCUCCACGUGGCUUUGGGGAGCUGGAGAAGAGGGUUGAGAGGGAGCGAGGGCAGAGCGGGGAGAUGCACUGGGGCCCCAGAAGUGCAGGAGGUUGUGCUGGGGUAGUUGCAGUGGGUGGAGGGUGGCCGUAGUGUACCGAGGUGCUCUCAGCACAGUGGGGGCACCUCCUCGGGGCUAGCAGACAGCAGGGGGCUCUGGGCUGUACCUGGCAGCCCUGGUAAGGAAUAAGGGCUGGCCUGUACCCAUUGGGUGCCCGGUGCAUGCGUUUCCCACUCCCAACCCCUCCCCUCAUGCCCCUUGCCAGCAGCAGGAAGGACUUUAAUCCCCCAAAUAUCAACCUGUGCUCUCCCCUCCCCCACCCAGUUAUUUGCCCACAAUUAACCAGUGCUCUGCACCCCAACUACAGCCAUUCUGAUUGGCUGUGAGGACUCAGUGUGGGGACUGGGGUUGAUGUUAGGAAAAAGCGUUUAAUAAAAAUGAUGUAAUGGAAACAGUA